UUAUCGCCUUGGACACAACUAAUGGAAAAAUAGCCAAGACUGCUAUCGAAAUGGCGAUUGAAGAUGUAAACAGAAACGCCAGUCUUCUGAAUGACACGCUCCUCAAUAUUGAUAUCCGAGACUCCAAACAAGAUGCACUCAUAGGCGCUUCUGCAGCAUUGGAUCUGCUCAGAAAAGGAUGUGUAAGCAUAGUCGGUCCACAAACCUCCGUGGUGGCUGAGUUUGUAGCGUAUUUGGGCGUUGCCGCGCGUGUUCCAGUUGUAACAUUUGGAGCAACAAAUCCCUCUGUCUCAAUGCAUCGAUACCCUUACUUCGUUCGUAUGGUGCCCAGUGAUACAACACAAAUGACAGCAAUAGCAAAGCUGAUAGAAAAGUACAGAUGGAGGGAUGUGGCGCUUGUGUAUGUAGAUGAUGAUUUGGGGACGGGGGCCAUUCCCGCCUUAAACGAUGCCUUGCGACAGGUUGAGGCAAAAAUUGUUUUCAAAGCUGCAGUCUCUCCCAAGGCGAACGUCUCUGCAAUGCGAAGGAUACUUGAGCAUAAGCUUAUGAAGCUGGAGUCGCGAGUAUUCAUCGUGCAUAUGCAUCCGGAUUUGGCCCUAAUCCUGUUUUCCGAGGCGUACAAAUUAAGAAUGAUGAGCAGUGAGUAUGUAUGGAUCAUUACCGACGGAUUGGCCAGCCUAUUAGAUUCGUUCAACGCCACUUCUCUCCUCUCCAUGAACGGUGUGGUGGGGGUUAAAAGAAAGCUCACACAAACCAACCUGCCAAGGCUGAAUGAAUUUGCUAGAAGAUGGAAGAAGCGGUUUAAAGCCCAGAAUCCUACAAUACCAAGCCUGGAAUUAAAUGCCCGUGCGCUUGUUGCAUAUGAUACAGUGUGGGCAAUUGCUAUCGCAAUCGAUCAUCUCCUGCGUAUGGAAGCAUUCAAUGGUAACUUUUCAGAGGCUUCUCGCAGCACCAAAUUUCUGAAUUUCAAGGGUUUUGAGGGUGGAGAGCAGUUGCUUAAUCAGAUCCUAGAGACAAACUUUCUUGGCUUGAGUGGUCCUGUUCGAAUUAGUAAAGAAAGCGGAGAUCCUCUGGAGAGCUCGUAUGACAUUAUCAAUGUUGUUGGCAGUCGUAUUAAUGUAAUUGGGUCAUGGACAGAAAGGGGCUUGAAUAUUACUUCAACACAAGUAGUUAAUUGGGGUGGUGGAUCAGGAAAAACACCACGUGGGUGGGAGAUACCUGCACCAGGCAAGAAACUGAAAAUAGCGGUGCCUUGGGAGUUAGGGUUUUCACAAUUCGUCAGCGUAAAACCAGUUCAAGCCAAGGCAGGUGCACUAAAUAAGACAUAUGAGAUUAAAGGCUUCUGUAUUGAAGUGUUCAAAUCGGUGCUCAAGAGAUUGGAUUAUGAAUUGCCAUAUGAAUUGAUACCUUAUGGAACUGGCAAUGUCACCGAGGGCUACUAUGAUGACCUCGUCUACCAGGUCUAUCUCCAGAAAUUUGAUGCGGUAGUGGGAAAUGUAGCAGUGAUAGCAAAUCGGAGCAAGUAUGUAGAUUUCACACAGCCGUACACGGAGACGGGACUGAUAAUGGUGGUAGCAAAUUCAGACGAGGGAUCAAGUGACCCUUGGGCCUUCCUGCUCCCAUUUACUCCGGCCAUGUGGAUAACUACUAUUGCAUUUUUCUUCUUCACGGGAGGAGUUGUUUCGUUUCUGGAGCACAAGCAAAAUAGGCAAUUCAGAGGGAAUCCUCGGAAUCAAAUCUUGACAUUCAUCUGGUUCUCUUUUUCCACACUCUUCAAGACUCAGAGGGAGAGGAUUGUGAGCAGUCUGGGCAAAGCAGUGGUGAUAAUUUGGUCUUUUGUAGUUUUAGUGUUAGCGUCUAGUUACACCGCCAGCCUGUCGUCAAUGCUUACCGAGAGGGAAAUUGUACCAAAGUUUGAAAGCCUUGAAUCUCUCAUUGUCCAAAAUUUGCCAAUCGGGUAUCACCAGGGAUCUUUCAUAGACAAGUAUUUGGAACACCAGUUGGGUGUGAACAAAAGUUUGCUUUGCCCAUACUCAUCUGUACAAGAGUACACAAUUGCACUGAAGAACGGACCCACCAACGGAGGGGUAGCCGCCAUAUUUGACGAUCAAACUAUUUCUAAUUCACGAAUCGUAUGAUUGAUUCCAAUUGUGUGUACAGGUGUUUCCAAAGGGGUCUCCGCUGGUUUCAGACAUUUCCAAGGCUAUAUUAAAUCUCUCAGAAAGCACAGAGAUGCAGGAAAUAAGGAAAAGGUGGUUCAAUUCAAGUGAAAGAAAAUGCAAUGCAGAGUCUGGCGGACUGGAAUCAAACAGAUUGAGCCUCAACAACUUUUGGGGUGUAUUUUUGCUGACAGGAUGUGUGUCAUUUCUCAGCCUGGUCUACUAUUUCUGUCGCCUACUUUACCGGUUUGUGUACAGAAGCGAUAAUUCAUCUCAUGUUAAAUCCAUCUGCUCCCGAUUGCGAACGUUUGCCAAUUAUGCAGACCAGAAGGACGUCCCGCCACCAAAAAGAAAGAGAUGUGAAACCGCCAUUUCGUCAAAUGGAACCGCCGCCUCCAAUUCCUUUCAAAUCACUGUUUCAGCAGGACACAUAUAAGCGGCACUCCAUAUCAACUAAAACUACGCUAGCUUGUAAACGUAUCUUGACCACAAAGAGUGAAGACUGGGUCAACUUAAAUUAUCAUGUCCAUGGCUAAUUGCAGUACUGCUACUGAUACAAUAACGGAUAAGUCAAGCUCACUGUGACAAUUUAUGUCUAGUCUUUGUAAUUUGGUGAGGUGUGCAAUGCAUGUAUGUUACUUCCCUUUUUUAAUAAUUAAACCUUUAAUAAAGAAAUGUUU